GAACUCCACAUCCACAGGGACUCACUGUAGACACCCUGCUGCUGUCAGGUUGGGGUUGGCCUCAACUUUAUGUGUGACAGAGAGAUUUCAUCCUCAGGAAUGCUAAUGCAGAAACCCCAAAUCCUGCUCUGUGUUAAUACCCCUGCUUUACUUGUAUGAUAACAACAAGCUGACUGAUUGGUCAGAGGGGUUGAGUGGCAGCCAGAGGUGUUUCAGCGAUGGGCAAGAAGUUAGAUCUGUCGGGGCUAACGGACAAUGAGGCGGAGCAUGUGCUGCAGGUGGUGCAGAGGGACAUGAGGCUACGCAAGAAGGAGGAGGAACGCCUCAGUGAACUGAAGCUGGAGCUGGAUGAGGAGGGCAGUCGCAGCCUCCUGCUGUCACGGCAGAGAUGCUUUAACCAGCGCUGCUGCAUCCGCUGCUGCUCGCCCUUCACCUUCCUGCUCAACACAAAGCGCCAGUGCCACGACUGCCACUACAACGUCUGCAAGGCCUGCCGGGUCUACAACAAGCAAGACAAAGCCUGGCUCUGCUCUGCCUGCCAGAAGAGCAGGUUGUUGAAGACACAGUCACUGGACUGGUUCUACACUGAUGUGAAGACGCGCUUUAAGAGAUUCGGCAGCGCCAAAGUGCUGAAGACUCUUUACAGGAAGCACCUGGCAGAGCACAGCGCGCUUUCAGAGCUUACUGAGGGCAGCACCUACGAGGAGAGUAUCUGCAAUGAGGGCAGCGUCUGUGGGAGUGACUCAACCUUCUACAGACAAAGUCAAGAGCACAGCAUGGCAGAGACACUUACUGUGGCAUUGCGGGUGGCAGAGGAAGCUGUAGAUGAGGCCAUUUCCAAGGCUGAGUCCAACACUCCCAAUCAGGAGAAGCAGAAUGAGGCUCACUAUCUGCGGGAGCACAGAGGAGAGCUCAUUGAGGAACUAACAAAAACUAUUGUGCAAAAAAUUAUUAGUACGAGGAAGACUUUGGCUCAGAUGAGAGCAGAAUAUGACCAGGCUUGGCCACUUGAACACAACACUGACCUUUAUCAUCAGUUCAACUGUGAUCAAGCCUCCAGCUCCCUUAAACACCAACCAGGCCUCUGGAGGUCACACUCUGCCUUCUCCCUGUUGGACAAUGACCCUCCAGGUCUGAUGCAAGACUCCUCACAGGCGCUAAAGAAGGACGGAGGUGGAUCAGCUAUGUCAACGUGGAAGAGUGUAGACCGGCUAGACAACACUGGUUUGUCCUCAGUGCUGAAGAGCCCAGACGGGAACUGGAUCGCCCUGCAGAGCGCUCAGCUGCCUCGUCCCAAACUGCUAACCAGAAGGAAGAGCCUGGUCUUCAGUGCCUUGGAGAGGGAGUCUGAAGUGGUGUCCGCCUACGAAGGGAUGGGCUCUGACCUUGAAACCAAACCCGAACCUGACAGAUCUUGGGGUGCCGUCCUCCAGGAGAUCCACAGGAUGAUGACAGACUCCAACUCCAACCUGCAGGACGCCCGCGACAGGAUGCCAUCCCUGCUGAUGGGCCGCCGAGGCAGCAGAGACGAUCUGUUUUCAGACUCUGAGGGGAACUGGAAGCCUAACACACCUCUGCUCGCUCUUUUUAAGAAGAAGGUACCUGCAGAGAUCAGGCGACCUUCAUCCUCCCGCAGAACCAGCAUCAUCAAUGUGAACUUUAACGUGGAAAGAGCCGAAGUAGAAGUGGAGAGCAAGGCGGCUGCAGAGCCAGAGGUGGGAAAAGUCAGGAGAUCACGGAGAAAAAAGAGGAGUAAAAAAGAUUUGUCUUCAUCUCUGCUGGAUUACAGCAACGAAGACAACCAUCUGCAGCAUCUUUCUGAUGCUGCAACCCGUGAACCUUUUCACCUCGAGGGUGACAUGACAGGACAUGGAGCAAAUCAGAUUGAACAAGAGCUCACCCUAAAACUACAUCAGCUAGCAGGCCGCGUUUCUGAGUACUCCACCGGAGGAGAAGAAGAAGUGAGAGAUGCUAGUAAUGAUGGACAGAGGGAGGAAAAGAAACAGGGGAGCGAGGACAGAGAUGAAAAAGAUGAGAGGCUGUGGAGGAUGGAGAUCGACUUGGAUGAAGAAAGAACAGAGGAAGAGGAAGACCUAGAUGAUAAAGAGAUGAAAUACAGAUUAUUCAGACUCAUCGCACAGUCCACACUCACAUACUACUCAUCUACUGAUGAUGAGGUAGACAAAGUUGGACAUUGUAAAGACGAAUGGGAAGGAGAUUGGGAUGAGGAUAUGCAUGAGGAAAAGGUGAAAAAGACAGACAGUCUUAGUUCUAAACUCUGUCAGCUGGAAAAAGAAGUCAGGGCCAACCAGUUCUCCUCCACAGAGGAUGAGCUGGACAGAUUUGGCGUCAUGGAUGAAGAGAAGAAAACAGGCGAGGAGGAGGAGCUGGCAGUGAAAGUGUGUCGAUUAGCUAACCAAGCCAACGCCACCCAGUUUUCAUCCACAGAGGAUGAGUUGGACCAAGCAGGCAUAGGUGAAGAGGGGAUGGAAGCGAUAGACGAAGAGAAGCUGUGGAAACUGGAGGCAGAAAAAGACGUCCAUGCCGCUCAACUGCGUGAUUUAGCCAGUCUAGUUAGUGCUUCUCAGUUUUCUUCCACUGAGGAUGAGCUGGAUAGAGUUGGAGAGAAUGAGGUGGAGGUGGAGCAGGAAGGAAACAAAGGAGGAAUUAAGAGGAUAGAAGCCGAAUCAUUUGUAGAUAUGGAUGUGACAAUGUUUGAUUUAAGGUAUGAAAUUGAGGAAAGAAAGACAGAGAGCAGUAAUGAAAAAGUUGAAGAUGUCCAACAAGAUCAAAGAGAGGUAGAGGAACAGAAAAAUUGCAUGGAGGAGAGAGUAUCAGAUGAGAAUGAAGGAAUGGUAAAGGGGCGUAAAUGUGAAAAAGUGGAAGUUAUGAAAGAGAACACGGCUAAGAGACAACCGAUGGAGUCAGAAACAGUGGUGCAAGCAGAGAAAAUGGAGGAGAUAUCAUUACAUGAGACAAAAGUCCGACAAGAGAAGUGGCAAGACAAAGCAGAAGGAGAAGAGAGACAGGAAAAGAUUAGUGAAAGCAAAGAGAGUCAGGAGACAGCAGCAGACAGCGAUGAGGAAGAUGCAGAACUUCACAGAAUAAUUAGCAGCAUGUUAAUGAUGACUUUGGACGACAUGCAGGUAGAGACAUCGAAGAAAGAAGCUGCGGAAAAUGGGAGCAUUAACAGAAAGCCAGAGGAAGUAGAGACAGAUGAGAAUGUAAAAAUUGGGUUCAAAAAUGGAUUUGAGGAAACGGCUGUCGAUGCACAAAGCACAAAUAAAUUAGAGGAGACAGAAAGUGCUAAAGGGGUCCAAAGUCAAGACGACAACUUGAUGCCAGAGUCGGCUGUGAGAGAAAGACCAGGGGAAAAUGUCUGUGAGCAAAUUCAAGAAGAUAUUUCCAGAAAAAAGGAGAGUGGAGAUGCCACAGGUAAAAAUGAAAAUGAGCAGGAAAAUGAUGAAGAUGCACAAGAAAAAAGACAUUUAGCAAUCAAAGAGGCACUUAAGGAUCAUGACGAACAAGAGUACAGCAAAGUCACAACUGAGUGGAAUAUUAUAGUGACGCAAGAAGAUACUGCAGAGGUAGCUUUUGAAAAUAAGGAAAUGGAUAUAAGACUGGAGGAAAUCAAGGAAGAAAAUGCAGACAACAUGGAAAAGAGCAGCAUGUCUUCUCCACUGGAGGGCUUACUGUCACCUCAGGAGAUUCAAAACGGUAGGGACAUGGAGCUUUACAAAACAAUAGAGAUUAUCUCAACUCUGAUGGAGCAGCGGUACACGGCGGUGUCUCUGCGCAGCAUUACCACUGAGGUCCUGAAAGUGUUGAAUGCCACUGAGGAGCUGCUGCUGCAAGGGGGGGAGGGAGGAGACGGCCCCCGACUCUCUAGCACCUUGCUGCCCCCCAACACAGACCCCAAGAAACUGGAUCAACAGUUCUCCAGACUGGAGGAGAAUGUGUAUGUGGCAGCUGGAGAGGUGUACAGUCUGGAGGCGGAGCUGAGUGACUUGGAGGAGUGUGCAAGGGGCAUCUGCAGCGGGACGUCCGACCUGGAGUUGUCCUUCCUGGAGGAGCAGAUAGCAUCUGCAGCUGCUAAGGUUCAACAGUCUGAGCUGCAGACUUCUGACAUCUCUGCCAGAAUUGCUGCUUUGAAGAGUGCAGGCCUCAAUGUGGACCCUCAACAGUCACGCUUCACUAAGACCAAGACUAUUCCAGUUAUGCCUGUCACUCUGGACUUAUCAAGACAGCUGAGGAGGCGAUUACCUGCACCACCAGUGAGAGAAGACAAAGAAGAAACCUAACUCAUCGACCCAGGACCUUUGCAGUGCCUCCAACACAGCAGUGCCUUGACCCUUUCAGUCUGCAGCCGAUCUUAAGUUCCGUAGCCUUAAUAUCAUUUUAAGACUAAACAGGCCUCAAAUAACACAGGCAUGUCACUGGAGGAAACUGAUGAUUCUUUUGUAAUUUUAGCAAAAUGUACAGUAGAUGAAACUCCUUAACAGUUCUGAAAUCGUAUAGGCAUUAAUCAUUCUUCUUAAGAAAAGGAACAGGUUAAACCCUCAGAUCAUUAGAAAAUCACAACUUUUGAACAUUUGAGUUUUAGAACUUUUUUUAGAUUUUCCAAAAGAUUUGAGAACUGGUGAAAUUAUUACAUUGUAUAAUAGCAUGUGCUCAAAAAAAUCCAAAUGUUUUAAUAAUACUUCUGAAAGACUUCAUUUUCACAACAUUAGUUGUUCAUUUUACUUGCUGAUGGAUAAAGCUAAACUGUGUACAGUGACUGAAAAAACACUAAUUAUAAGCCACUGAUUAAAACCUCAAACCUGGAAUUUUUACCAUUGUAUCAUCAAUAUACAGAUUACACAUGUGGCAACAAUCAUAGCAUGUUAGAAAAUUGUUGCAAGACUAUCAUGUCUAAAAUAUAGACCUGUGUUUUUUCCAUGGUUGUGGAUGUUUGCAAACUAAUCAGUCAUUAAUUUUCUGCCUUUAUUAUUAAGUUCAGAAAAUAAAGUAGAAAUGCAAAA